AUGCGAAGGAAGUUGUGUGUGAAGCCAGCAACACAGCACUGGCACAAUGAAGGUAAGGCAUUGCCACCUACUGAUCUCUUUGGUUAUAUUCAGACCAGAGGGGAGCGGAACAAAGAGGGCAAGGAAGACACUUGGUGCCUGGACCGGGUCAGGAUGUUGAAGCAUCAAGAGAUGGCAGGGUGCCUCAUGGACGUCUUUGACUCGAGGACCAGCUUCAUACCCGUUGAAAACAAUGCAAAGUGGGCAUUCAAUACUUUUGCCCUGGAGAGCGAUUCAUCGCACUCGGUGUAUCAAAGCUGUCCAACAGAAGUCAACGUUCAGCAAAUGACUGCAGUCUUGUGGACGAAUCCAAUUCUCACUGGGGAUGCUCGCCACCUCUUCCUGGACCUGAAGUUUGCCCUCUCAACCUGCCUGCAGUCAGGGGAAUGUGGGGAGAGUUUCAAUCUGUAUUUCUUCCAGACUGAUGAUUAUUAUGUCAGACCCCAUCCCCGGCUAUCAGUCAGGAUCCCAAUCAGAGGGACGGAGUACUUUCCCAAUGAGUUCCUCGAUGGGCCCAUUAACUGGUCGCUUCUGAGGGAGAAGCUCAACACAGUCAGGGGCAAGAGUCUGGGUCUGGUGCACCAUUCUAAGUUUAUACUGGGUUUUGAUUACAUUGGGCCUUGCCUCCUGCUCAGCUCUUUCAGGAUCUACUACAAGAGAUGUCCUCAGAUCCAUCAGGACCUGGCUGUGUUUCCCCAUGUCACAGGGAGUGGGGAGCUGAUAACUGGCCAUUGUGUGAACAACUCGUUACCGAAGGGUGUCCUGCAGAGGCAGUGCGGCACGGAUGGGACAUGGGGACCACCCUCCGUUUACUCAGAUGUCGAGGCCUCAGUCUUCUGCCCCUGUCUGAGGGGGUUACACCAGGAUGGGACGGACUCCCCUUCAGCUCCUUGCUUUGCCAUUGAGACUGAGCAUGGCUCUACCCCCACCAACAUGCAAGAGGGCAAGGCUUGGAUGGUGCUGGGAGUGAUUGGAGGGAUGCUGCUAGUAGGGGUAAUUGUCCUUGGCCUGAUCAUCAGCUGGAGAAUGAAAGUGACCGAGAAGCAUAAAACAGGGAACAGAUUGCAGCGGGUUCCACUCAAUUCAGCAAGAACCUAUAGGAAGAAAAAUAAAAAUCUCCAAUUGCAGCACUUAGGAAUCAGCAAUUCUCUGAGACUCAACCUGGAGAAGGUGAUGGUGGAUCACCGUUCCCUGGCGCUGGCCCAGCUCCUUGGUGCAGGGGAGUUUGGCUCCGUGUACCAGGGAACGCUCAUACAAACCAAUGGCUUGAACUUAAACGUUGCAGUGAAGACGAUGAAACAGGGGCUUUAUUCAGAGAAAGAACUGGAGUUAUUCCUGAGGGAAGCAGAGUUGAUGCAAGCCUUUGACCAUCCAAAUGUCCUUAAGCUUAUAGGGGUAUCGAUCAAGCAUUGCUCUGAGGAACAGGUUCCAAUUCCAAUGGUCAUCCUUCCCUUCAUGCCACAUGGAGACCUCCGCAGCUACCUCCAUAAUGCAAGGCACACAAGAAAUACUGUGCAUUUACCAGUGCAGAUUCUCCUGAAGUUCAUGGUGGACAUUGCCUCUGGGAUGGAGUAUCUGAGUAAUCAAGGCUUCCUACACAGAGACCUGGCAGCUCGGAACUGUAUGUUGUGUGAUAGCAUGCAGGUUUGUGUUGCUGAUUUUGGUUUGUCUAAAAACAUCUACACCAGCAAUUACUAUCGUCAGACAGCAGUUUCAAAGAUGCCAGUGAAAUGGAUGGCAAUUGAGAGCAUGGCAGAGAUGAUCUUCUCAACUAAAAGCGAUGUGUGGGCCUUCGGGGUGACGAUGUGGGAGAUUGUGACUCUGGGGAAGACACCAUAUCCUGGCAUACAGAAUCAUGAGAUUUAUGACUUCCUACAUGCGGGGCAUCGGCUGAAACAACCUUCUGAUUGUCUUGACACACUGUACCACCUCAUGUUCAGCUGUUGGUUCCUGAAGCCAGAGCAGCGACCAACCUUCGGCGAGCUCAAGCUACAACUCCAGGAGCUCCUCUCCACCCUGCCCUCCCUUGACAACCAGGACAUGGCCUACUACGUAAAUAUUGAGGCAAAUGGGGUGGCGACCAAUGCGAUGGGCAAGCACAUUGAGCAGGCAGAUGAGAUGGAGAACAUUUGCACAGUGGAAUUGGAUGAUGAUGAAGAGAGGAAGCUCUGGGAAGGAAAAGUUUGAGCAUCAGAUGAAAACACAGCACUGAGCAGAUUAUGGAAGUGAAUCUUGUACUUAUAUAACAAAAGUGGAUUGAACCUUUGGAGCGUGCAAUUGAACAUUACUAUUCCUGGUGCUAUUGUUCUUUGAAAGUUAUAUAUGAUAAUGCAUGAAGAGGUAGCAGUGAGUGCCGUAUCUGAAUGGACAAUAAGAUCUCCUGCUACAUGCAGCCAACCGUCUGCAUGCUGUUUGAAAAUGAGUGCAAGACCUUGACAAAGUUGGAAGGGGGCCCUAAUGAGCUUGUUUUCCAGCUCUAAUUUCACAGCAAGCAUCUGUGGAAAGAGAAGCUGUUAACAUUUCAGGUUGAAGAUCCUUUCUGUUUUUAUUUCAGGUUUCUAGCCUCUGCAAUUUUUUUUUGCUUUUUGUGCUCUGUAAUUCCCCUGCUUCCAAAACUCAGACCUGGUUGCACAGACAGCAGCUCAGGGGAUUAAAAAAACAGAAACAAAUUAGUUUAGGUGUUGGAAUUGACAAGAAACAACCAGCAGGUCUGGUGGCACCUAAAGGGUGAUUGCUUCAGUGUUGAUAAUGUGUGCCAUUGUAAUACCUUAUGAAUGCCACCAAGUGGUGCUGAUGCAGUAUUAAUGCACAGAAUCUGAUCACUGAUUCAUACAGUGCAAAAAGAGGCCAUUUGGCUCACUCUGCUGGCAACCUGAAAGCACUCUCCCAUUGAUCGCACUUUCCCCUUCUCUGUCUCCACAGACUUUUUGAGGUCUUUAUUCUCUGUUGAAAGCUCUGAUUGAAUCUGCUUCCACUGCCCUUUCAACAAUCCAAAUCACAACAACUAACUCCGUAAAUAAAGAAAAGCUCCUCAUGUCUGCUCUGGUUCUUGUGUAAAGUACCUCAUAUCUAUGUCCUUUGGUUGCUGGUGAAGACCAGACAUUAUGUUUGCACAUCAACUCAUGUUAAGUUAUUUAAUGUCUGAACUAGCGGAAUAUCAUGUUAUUUCCUUUAAGCCAGGUUACUGCUCCCAGUGCCAGCACUGAGGGA